AUGGCAUUGAAUGCGCAAGAGUCGAAGGUGGUCCUGCACCUCCAUGACACUUCGAAAGGGACGGCGCACAGUGAAUAUGUUGAAGACGUCCAGCCCGUCAGCCACGCUAUCCAGCUGGCUGAAGACAUGGCCAACGCCGAGUACCGCCCCUUCAGCCGUUCUAUGCUGCGGCUCUACGGCUGCCUGGCCAUUGCCUACCUGUGUGGAUGCCUCAACGGGUACGAUGGCUCUCUGAUGGGCGGUCUCAACGCUAUGUCCACGUACCAGAAGUACUUUCACAUGAAGACGGCUGGGUCAAGCACUGGCCUGGUCUUUGCCAUGUAUAAUAUUGGAUCCAUACCGGCCGUUUUCUUCUCCGGUCCCGUCAACGAUCACUUCGGCCGUCGAGCGGGCAUGUUUACUGGCGCCGUCAUCAUCAUCAUUGGCACCUGCAUCCAGGCUCCCUCGACCAGCCACGCGAUGUUCUUGGGGGGCAGAUUUGUUCUUGGCUUCGGUGUCAGCUUCUGCUGUGUCAGUGCCCCCUGCUAUGUCAGUGAAAUGGCUCAUCCAGUGUGGCGUGGAACCUUGACUGGCCUGUACAACUGCACUUGGUAUAUUGGCUCGAUUGUCGCCAGCUGGACCAUUUAUGGAUCCUCAAAGAUACGCCACAGCUAUGGCUUCCGCAUCCCUAUCUGGUGUCAACUUCUGUCCUCCGUCGUUGUGGCGGCGGGCGUUUUCUUCCUCCCAGAAUCCCCUCGGUGGCUCAUGGCGCAUGACAGACAAGACGAGGCGAUCAAAGUCCUGGCGAGGUAUCACGGCGAGGGCUCCGAGAACCACCCCGUGGUAAAACUGCAGCUUGGAGAGAUGCGCCACCAAAUCAGUACCGAUGCCUCGGACAAGACAUGGUGGGACUAUCGGGGCUUGUUCAACACACAUUCCGCUCGUCGCCGCCUCAUCUGUGUUCUCGGCAUGGCUUGCUUCGGUCAGCUGUCGGGCAAUUCCAUCACCUCCUACUACCUGCCGGUGAUGCUCCAGAACGCGGGCAUUGCGUCCGAGAACACGCAGCUGAUUCUCAACGGCAUCUACCCUGUCAUCUGCUUCGUCGCCGCCAUCGUGGGUGCUAGGCUCCUCGAUGUCUGGGGCCGCCGGCCGAUGUUGCUGUACAGCACGGUCUUUUGCUCGGUGUGCUUCGCAAUCAUCACCGGCACAUCAAAGCUGGCGACAGAGCGACCAGAUGAUGCCUCGGCCGCCAACGCCACAAUCGCUUUCAUUUAUGUCUUUGGCAUUGUGUUCUCAUUUGCUUGGACUCCGCAGCAAUCAGCCUACAUUGCCGAGACUUUGGACACAACGACUCGUGCGAAGGGCACGGCCCUCGGCAACCUGGCCUCAUCGAUCUCGAGCACCGUCAUCCAGUACUCUUCCGGCCCUGCAUUUGCCAACAUCAGAUAUUACUUCUACCUCGUCUUUGUCUUUUGGGACCUCGUUGAGUGGUCGGUUAUGUACUUCUUCUUUCCCGAGACCAAAGACCGGACCCUCGAGGAACUGGCCGAAGUCUUCGAGGCUCCAAACCCGGUCAAAAAAUCACUGGAGAAGAGGAGUGCAGCAACGGUCUUGAACACUUUAGAUGUCAAAGGCCAUGCAGUUGUCAUGCAGGGAGAGGAGAAAGUGUAG